AUGAUCUUAUUAAAUUUGAAGUUGAAGCUUCAGAAUAAUAAUAACAUUGCAAUCACUGCAGAAUUUAUCAACCAUAAACGUCACAAGUCACAACAAAUUUUAUGGAUUUUAACCUCAGAACAUCUCACCAACCAGGAAUUAUUGCGUGAAUUCCUACAAUUAUCAGCAAUUACUUCUCAACUGCUUGAUUUUCAUAUCCAACAUUGA